AUGGCUUCGAAACGCGAGGUCGACAGGUUGCCCGCUGAGAAACCUCACGGCUAUGAGUUCCUAGGCCCCCCAGGUGCCUUCGUCAUCUCAUUCGGUCUGCCUGUCCUGGUCUACGUCUUCACCUUUCUGUGCAACGACAUCUCAGGAUGUCCUGCACCUAUCCUACUCUCUCCGUCGGACUUCAGUCUUGACCAGCUGAAAAAGGAAGUUGGAUGGACUGGCGUUGAGGGCCUGCUCAACACCAACGCUGUUCUUGGAACCCUGGGUUACUACCUGCUCAGCCUGACCCUGCACACAUUCCUGCCCGGUACUGAGGUUCAAGGUACUGAGCUGAGGAGUGGCGGAAAGCUGAACUACCGCUUCAAUGCUUUCAGCUCCGCCCUCUUCACCAUGGCUAUCUUAGGCGCUGGCACCGUUGUGUAUGGCGCUGACUGGUCUGUCUGGACUUUCAUCACCGACAACUACGUCGGCAUCCUCACCACCAACAUCCUGAUCUCCUACUUCUUGGCCACCUACGUCUAUGUCCGCUCCUUCAGCGUCAAGCACCCCAAGGACCCUGGCAUGCGCGAGCUUGCUGCUGGCGGCCACUCAGGCAAUAUGCUCUACGAUUGGUUCAUCGGUCGUGAGCUGAAUCCCCGUGUCGUGCUUCCCAUCUUCGGCGAGGUCGACAUCAAGGCAUGGUGCGAGUUGCGCCCUGGCAUGCUGGGCUGGAUCAUCAUGGACCUUGCUUUCAUCAUGAAGCAGUACCGCAACCACGGCCGUGUUACUGACUCGAUCAUCUUGGUCACCGCCGCCCAAGCCAUCUACACUUUCGACGCCCUGUACAUGGAGCCCGCGAUUCUUACCACCAUUGACCUGAUCGCUGACGGUUUCGGUAUGAUGCUGUCCUUUGGUGACCUUGUCUGGGUCCCCUUCACAUACAGUCUCCAAGCCCGCUACCUCUCCGUCUACCCUGUCGAUCUCGGCUUUCAAGGCAUCGUGGCUGUCCUCGCAGUUCAGGGCAUCGGUUACUACAUCUUCCGCGCUGUCAAUAACGAGAAGAACCGCUUCCGCACCAACCCCGACGACCCGCGCGUCAAGCACCUCAAGUACAUCGAAACAGCCGCUGGCUCUCGUCUCCUCGUGUCUGGCUGGUGGGGCACAGCGCGCCACAUCAACUACCUGGGCGACUGGUUCAUGAGCUGGUCGUACGUCCUGCCCACCGCACUCUCUGGCUACGUGAUCCGUAACGUCACCGAGCACCCCAUCCAGGCUACCCAGACCGACGCAUACUUCUUCAAGAACAGCUAUGGCAAGUAUGUCGUGCCUGAUGGUGCAAAGGGCUGGGGUAUGAUUUUCACGUACUUCUUCAUGGUGUACUUUGCCGUUCUGCUCAUUCACCGCGAGCGUCGCGAUGAGGAGAAGUGCAGGAGGAAGUAUGGCAAGGAUUGGGACAGGUACGUUGAGCUCGUGCCGUACAGGAUCAUUCCGUACGUCUACUAGGCGUCCAAGUGAAGAGGAGGAUGAACGCAGCGCUAUCAUCAGGCGACCUGUUGAUCAAAGACGCGCGUUUACAUAAUACUGAAGAGGCGCGAUGCUACUGCUAAACGGUCAAAGACAUGCGUCGUUGUAAGAAUAUGGACACUGGAUGGAGUGCUACCGCACGGCCGGCCAAAGACAUGCACUGUCUAAAGGAAGAGGGACAUGCGACGCUAUUGCUUUGGCGAUUGAAGACGUGCAUGAGACCAGCGUAGUAUAGGUGUAGCACUAUCGCGGAUGCGAUCAAAGACCAACAUGUAC